UUUAGCUAAAUUCAAACUUAACCUCUCGCUCUCGAUUACGAUUUAUUUUUUACGUUAAUUUUAAUUAUUUUAUUUUAUUAGCUGUCAGUAAUUUUAAAAAUAGUAACAAUAAAUUAUUUGUUACAUAUUAAGUUUAAAUUUAUAAAAAUGUUGUCGUCAAAAGUAAAAUCCGAAGACGAUAAUAAAUUGAUGGGUUGUGAUGUUGGCAACAACAACAUAACAAUUAAUUUUUCAGGAUGCAACAUCUGCGGGGAUUCCCACAGCACUCAUGAGUGUUAUUUUUUAUUAAAUUUAAACUACAUCAAAGACACAGAGACAAUAUCACGAGCACGUCAGACAUUACCCAAAGACCUGGAGAUCACUCGAAUGGCUGAUGGAACGACUAGUAUAAUUGCCAAGUGUGAUUACCAACGAGGAACAACCUUUGGACCUUUCGAAUCCAAACGUAACUGGGCAAUGAACCCGGCGACUAAUUUUCCUAUAAAGGUUUUUGGAGAGUCGGUAAAUGACACUUAUUACCUAGAGUAUUCCGACGAGGACACCAGUAACUGGAUGUGCUUCAUACUGCCCGCCACCAACGCCCGGGAACAGAAUUUAAUUUGCUAUCAAAUGAAGCAGGAAAUUUUUUACACCGUGAUGAGAACGAUUAAAGCUGGAGAAGAGUUGAGAGUCUGGUACGCGCCGUACUAUGCGCAGAAGAUGAAGAUGCCGCUAUAUAUCACCGAGUCUACGAGCCAAGACAAACCCAUUCAGACGGUCGUGGCUAAAGAGAAGGACCCGGCGGAGAUUCUAGACAUAGACAACGCUAUGGCGCAGGAAUUAGCCAAGAGACUUCCAGCCACGCAGCUGGGUGCUAAAGAUGACAAGAAGAUUUGGACAUGUCGUAUUUGCUCGGUGACGAUUGAUUCAGUGGUCGCUUACGCGAAGCAUCAGAUGGAUCACUACAAGCCUCUAGUUGGGCUUUUUUGUACUGUUUGUGAUAAAAAAUUUUCUAGUGUCUAUGCUUUAGAGAAACACAGAGCUGACUGUCAUGACCCGGCGGUCAGUGAAGAUAUUGGGAUACCGACUUCGGCGAACCAGCAGCAGCAAAACGCCGCAACUAUUUUAAAUAUGAGCGAGGAUUUCAUGACAGGAAAAGAAAAUCAGCAUGAUCUAUCACUGCUGGAUAAUUCAAUGAAUACUAAUGAUUUGCUUCAUCAUGAGGGAAAUCUUAUAGAAAAUUCUUCAUUGAAAUCAAUCCUAGAGAAUCAGUGUUUGAAUAUGAACAUAAGUUCAAUAGCUGAGUCUAUUUUAUCUGAAAAUAUAUCAGGUGCUGAUUCGGUUAAAUUUAAUGUUGAAGAAUUGUCAUCUGAACUGCUAGACAUAUCUCCAGAUGUUGAUCAAAGAACUGCUGGACGUCUGAUGGAUGAUUUUGAUUGUGAUAUUUGCGGUAAAAAAUUCCAGCGUGUUAAUUAUUUGUAUCGUCAUUUACGCAAACAUACUGGGGAAUUUAUUUGUCCAACUUGUUUGUGCGUUUUUGCUAGAAAAGAAAAUUUGAUGUCGCAUGUCUGCGAAGCUCAUUCGACACAGAAUAAAAAUAACGUACGCUAUCAGUGCUCAUAUUGUCCUAAAAAUUUUGCGGUAGAAAAGUAUCUGAAAAAACACAUUGCGCAGCACGUGGAAUUCAAUCGCUGCAAGAGAUGCCGUCAUAAAUUUUCCACAAAGUCGGAACUGGACUCACACAAAUGUGCAGCACCCAAGCCAGCUUGCGGACAGUGUGGAAAAAAAUUUCUCAGCGUAGUGUAUCUUAAUCGUCAUAUGAAAAGACACAAUGAGGUGCCAAAAGUCGCCAAGAAAAGAAUAAAAAAUGUGGAAGAAAAGCCGGCGAUUUGUGAAAAAUGCGGGGAAAUUUUUAAAAAUCUCUGCAGUCUUCAGCAGCAUCAAAGAUCUCACGGCGAAAGAACUUACGAGUGUGAUAUUUGUAACCGACGUUUUCAUAGGAUCGGUGUUUUGAAGGAACACAAAGCCACUCAUCAGAAUGUCGAGCUGCCUUGCAAUAUUUGUGAUAAAAAAUUAAAAAGUAAAAAAGCUCUGGACGUUCACAUUCUGCUGCAUGGAAACAAAAAGUUUCAGUGCGACAAAUGCGACAAGAGUUUUUUUCAAAAAUGUAAUUAUCUCAAGCACUACAGAAACGUUCAUGCAGAAAAGAGCACUCACACUUGCUCGCUCUGUUCAAUGCAAUUCACUAAUAAAAUAACUUAUAAUAAACAUAUCGCGAGUCACAAUAAAACUACUUCUGAAUUUCUGUGCAAUACUUGCAAUAAAUAUUUUCACACUCAGGCUAAACUUAACAGACAUGUUCAGACUUGUCACAGUGGUAUUAUUUAUCGUUGUCCUUUCUGCGAGAUGACUGCAAGACAUCGUCACAGUAUGAGAAGACACUUUGAGAGACAGCAUAAAGAUUUAAAUGAUGAAUGGAAUAAACCGGGAUUUGUUAAUCAGUUUGCUGAACAAUCAACGAUUGAAUUUAUUAAAAAUAGUUCAAAAAAAUCUGGUACUUCUAAUAAACGGGUUUCACAUUCUAAACCACCAUCAGUUGGAUCAAAUGCUGAACCAGUUAUUGGACCAAUUACUGAACCAAUUGCUGUACCAAUCGCUGGAUCAAUUACUGGUCCAAUCGCUGGAUCAAUUACUGGACCAAUCGCUGGAUCAAUUGUUGGAACAAGUACUGGACCAAUUACAGGGUCAGUUAAUGGAUCAAUUACAGGGUUAGUUAAUGAAUCAAUGACAGGUUCAGUUAAUGGACCACUAACAGGAUCAGUUACUGGAGCAAUUACAGGACCAGUUGAAUCAUUUCCUGUUAAUUUAAAUACUGUACACGUAAAUCAAGUUGAAGAAAAUAAUCAUGCAAUAAAUAAUCAAGUUUUAAUGGAAAAUAUAAAAGUCGAUCAACAAAUAAACAAUACUCAGUUACUUAAUGAUGUACCACAACUUAGUAUUGAUACAAAUUCACAACUCGCUGAAUCCGUUUUAAAUAACACUUAUAUUUUUGGUGAAGAUGGAGAUAUCAUGUUCUACGUCUUGGAUAAUAAUCCCAUCCCGGGUUACUAAAUAUAAAUAUAAAAUAUAAAUAUCCGUUGGUAUGAGGUUCAAAGACGACCCUGAAGACUGAAGUACAUAUUAAAUAUUAAAUAAUACAUAUAUUUAAAAAAUAUAUUAAUAGAGUUAUAUUCAGUGGUAUAUUUACAUGUCUC